UCAAGAGCUUGGCCUUCCACUUUGGCUCAUCCUCAGCUGGCUAUGAGUCGGGCCAGACUGCAGCGGAAGCGGAGCACGCGCACUCCAUGCCAAUUUUUGAUUUUGGUAUGCCGCGCAACAUCACCGGACGCACCGGCCAUACGGAAGCUAUAAUUAAAUGCCGCGUGGAUAGUCUGCACGAUAAGUCGGUAUCCUGGAUACGCAAGCGUGAUCUGCAUAUACUGACCGUCGGCACAGCCACAUACACCUCCGACAAACGUUUCCAGGUAUCGGAGUCAAAAGAUUCACGCGAAUGGACGCUGCAUGUGAAGUCUCCGCUGGCCAAGGAUAGCGGCAUCUAUGAAUGCCAAGUGAACACAGAGCCCAAGAUCUCAAUGGCCUUCCAGUUGAAUAUCAUUGAAAUCUCACCAGAUGCUAAGGCAGUGAUAAGCGGACCACAUGAUUUACAUUUCAAAGCGGGCAGCGCCAUUAUACUCAACUGUGUUGUCAAGCAGCCCUCGUCGGUAAAGGACAUCGGACCAAUCUAUUGGUAUCGCGGCGAGCACAUGAUCACACCCUUCGAUGCCGACGAGCAGGACAACGAACUGCAGUUAAGCCAGCAGCCAGCGGAGUCGCCCUCGCUGAACGAGAUACUCAGCACGGAUUUGCAAAAGGAUUUCGCCACACGCAUUGCCAUGGAAUCGCAGCUGGGGGACACGCUCAAGUCAAGAUUGCGCAUCUCCAAUGCUCAGACGACGGACACGGGUAACUACACCUGUCAGCCCACUACGGCGAGCAGUGCCAGCGUUUUGGUUCACGUAAUUAACGAUGAGAAUCCCGCUGCGAUGCAAAAGAGCGCGUCUCCAGCGCUAGAGCAGCAUUUGGGUCUACUCCUGCUGCUGCUGCUGCCAGCGUUCGCGUAUUAGCCUGCCACAGACAGACAGACAGAGAGAGAGAGAGAGAGAGAGAGAGGGAGAGGAGGAGCAGCCAAAUUAUGUUUUACUCGGCAAAGGACAAACAAGGCUGCUGCUUUGUUUUCGCUUACUGGCAUGCACACACAGUUCCUGCUUCUAAUAUUUACAUUUCAUUGUGUAAAAAGGACGACGCAAGCCGAGCGGAGCGUCCUGAAACUGAAACGAAAGUGAAACUGAAGCUGAAGGCUUAUGAAAAAUGCAAAAACCGCCGCAGUAGUAACUAAGGCGUAAGCAGCAGACGCAUGAGAAAGACAGCUCAGACACUCUCUGUAGUAAAUGCCACAAGGCUGUGGCACUGACUGCGGCUGCGGCACUGGCCAUGUCUCUGGCUCUGAUUGUGGCUGCUCUGCAUUUCAUUAUUGCGCCCACUUUACACUCACACUUACACA